AUGCAGCAGAUUCAACUCCUUCUACAGCAACCAAGUCAUCAAGUUCCAUACCAACCGGAUGAUAAUGGAAUCAGCUCUGUUGGCAUGAAGAAGCUGAAACUUCUUCUUUCAGAGACUGAAAGAAAUGUGAAUACUCCUGGAUUACCGGUACUGGAACCUUCAGAUUUGCCUUCUUUCGUUUAUGUUCAUAGAUCAUACCCUGCAACUUUUGAACCAAUUCUCAAUCAGUUUCAGAAUCUGGAGAAAUCAGACUGGAUUCUUAUUAAUGCUUUUUUGGAAGAAAAGGAGCUGAGCAAAUGGAAAAAUUGGCACAAGGCUAAAAAACGAGCAAUGAGUACUUUUUGUGGGUGGUUAGAUCAUACGAAGAAGCUAAGCUUCCCAAGAACUUUUCAGAGGAGAGUCCAAGAAAAAACUAAUUGUGUCAUGGUGCCCACAGUUAAAAGUUUUGGCUUACAAGGCAACAGGGUGUUUCAUCGCAAAUUGUGGUUGGAAUUCCACAUUGGAGGCAUUGAGUUUGGGAGUUCCUAUGGUAGCAAUGCCUCAAUGGACUGA